UGCUUGAUAAGCCUGUUUAUCCCCGUCGCAUACGUCGCCCGUGCAUCCUCGAGGGACGGCAUCCAGACUGCAUUCCUCUGUCAACCAUGGGCCUUCAUGUGCCUCCCGGCACGCCCGACCGAGGGCCUGGUCUUGAGACCUUGCUCAUUAUUCUGAUCGUGCUCACUACGCUGAUGACGCUGGUUCGCAUCGUGUCCAAGUUUGUAACGCGGCAGGACUGGUGGUGGGACGACCUCUUCGCCCUCCUCGCGCUGCCGGUUCAGCUGACCAUGCUGGCGCUUCUCCUCGCCUGGAGAAACAUCGGAUUGGGACUUCCCAUGGAGGUGGUGGCCGCCAUCAAUCCCGCCCAUCUCGUGCAAGGGGGGAAAUACUUCUACGUGGCCGUCUUCUUCUUCGACGCCUCCAUCAGCUUCCCCAAGAUGUCCGCCAUCUUCUUCUACGCGCGCGUCUUCCGCUCGAACGACCGCGCCCUCCGCAUCCAUCUCUGGGUCGCCGGCAGCCUGGUCACCGGCUGGUUCGUCUCGUCAUACCUCACCACCAUCUUCCAGUGCACGCCCAUCCCCAAGGCCUGGAACACCACCCUGCCGGGCAAGUGCAUCGACCAGUACCAGUGGUACCUGGGCACCGCCGUGCUGUCGUGUCUGACGGACUUCUACAUCCUGCUGCUGCCCAUCCGCCGCAUCUGGGCCCUGCAGAUGAGCCGGCGCCGGCGCGCCUACCUCCUGGCCGCCUUCUUCCUCACCUACUCGGUCAUCCUGUUGUCCUGCGGGCGCCUGGCCGCCACCGUGCAGGUGGUGCCGAAGCUGAACACCAACAUCACCUGGGAGAUGCCCAUCUACAUGUACUGGGCCGGCCUGGAAGCCUCCAUCUCCAUCGUCUGCGUCAACGUGCCGCCCGCCACGGCGCUGGCCAAACGCCUGCUGGGCGCCGCCUGGCCGCUGGGCAGCACCGGCCAAUCCAAGUCCAGGUCCGGCACGUUCGGCCACGGCAGCGCCUUCUCCAAGGGUGGCGCCGCCGUCUCCAGCGCGCCGACAGGCCGCGAUAGUCUCGACGAGUUGGUGCCAGCCGCCGGGGUCGCGAAUAGCCCGGAAGCCUCGCGCGACCGCUUGGGCAUUCCCCUCAGCAGCAUCCGGGUCCAGACGGACAUUCGCGUGGACUCGCCGGCCUGAUUAGGCGAGGGUGGGUCGGCGUUGCGCAUGGGUCUUUUUGUGGCGUCAGAUGCGUCCGGAGUAUAUAGAGAGUCGCAUUGGGGGCCGGAAAUACGGC